AUGUUGAUGUGUCGGCGGUUGCUGCUGAUCGCAGCCGCGAUCGCGGCCUCGAUCGGGGCUGGCUCGACUAGUUACCACCCCGGCAUCUCGUCGUCGGACUAUUCCGGAUACCCGAGUGGAUACGCGGUUUACUCCGGCGCGACGUCACCCGAGUCCUCGUCGUCGAGCUCGUCCACGUCCGGCCCGACAUCCGAGCUCGAAGCCAGUAACACCGAGUCGCUUUGCCGACCGUCCGAGUUCCUAUGCAGCACCACCGGACAUUGCAUCGCGCAGGACAAGUACUGCGACGGCGAGAAUGACUGCGACGACAAGUCUGACGAGCCGAGAUAUUGCACUCCUUGCAAUCGGACGUUGUACGGUGACGUCGGUCGGACCUACAGAGUGGAGAUCCGCCGGCCGAGGGAGGAUCGACUGCCAUUCCUGUGUCACCUCAACUUCACUGCCGCCGGAUCCGAUCUCGGGGAUCUAGUCCAGGUUGGACAUAGAAAUGAUGUAGUUGUAGAAAAUAAUGCUGACUGGUGCCCGGUUGGCUUAACUUUUGAUACCUUCACGGUCGGCCGCUUUCUAUCCUUUACGUCGGAAGGAUGUCCAGAUGGUUUCAUGACUAUUCGCGAGGAAGGUCGUCCUGCGACGGGAGGACAAUGGUGUGGCAGCGCGUGGGGCUACACCGUCUAUUACAGCGAAACUCCUUCCAUCAAUCUGACUUUAUAUUUACUACGUUUAUCAGAGCAGGGUAUCGGCUACAACUUCGACUUCAAGCUGUCGUACAAGUUCCUGAGAAGAAGCGAGGCGCAUCUCAGAUACGGAAACAGUAGUAUGUCCACAUGGCGCGGCGAGCUGGUAAACGGCACGUAUUGCGAUCGCGUCCUUACCAAAUGCGAUACUAGAGCCUGCCGGCUGCAGUCGCCAAAUUAUCCCGGAGUUUAUCCCAGGAAUGUCACUUGCUACUAUCGGGUGGAGCAAAACCGCGCGCCGGUGGGUCAUCGGGCUCUACUCGCCGUUAGUCAGCGAAACAGUCACAAGAUACACAUUAAGGACCAGGUCGUGAAAUACGACAGAAGUCAGCGAGUGCUAAGGGUGUGGGAUCAGUGCAACGUCGUGCAGGAUUAUUUAACGGUAUACGACGGAGGUUCAACCUCAGACCGAGUACUUGUAAGACUGUGUGGAGGAGAUGCGGUGCCAGACAUCAUCAGCAGUCACAAUACCAUGUUGUUAGAGUUUCAUACGUCCCCGUACGACAAUCCGUUUCAUCCAGUACCGCUGUCUUUCCUGCCAGGAUUUGAACUCGAGGUUCAGGUGAUCUUUGUCGACGAAAAGUCGCGCAGUUUUGUGAAAGAGAACGACAACUGCGAUUUUUAUAUAUCCGGUGACGAGAACUCAUCGGGCAUUUUGGAAAAUCCGAAACACUCUUUACCGCCGAACACAACGUGUCGUUAUCAUUUCCAAGGGAAACUCAAUGAAAUCGUUUGGUUAUCGUUCGUUAAAUAUUACGCCGCCAGCGUGGAAGCUGCUGCAAGUAUCGACACCGCCGCUGAUUGCAAUGCAAAGCUUCUGAUAUGGGACGGCGAUAUCACAGUGGACAAACUUACUUUCAGCCGAAAAAACGUCACGCUGAUGGGGCAGUUUUGUAAGGACGACAUACCGCGACUCUGCGACCACAGUCUGUUGCGUAACAGCAGCCGUCAUACGCGGCCGUGUAGCCUUACGGAGAGUUACGUGUCGACCGGCCGCGACCUCACCCUGGAACACAUAUUGCGCCAGGGUAGCGCGCUAUAUCCAAUAAGUUUCGUGCUGCGCUACGAGUUCGUCCACGAGGCAAUCUCGUGUAACCACGUGUUCACCUCGGCGCCGUCGGCAUCAUCCACGUCUUCCACGUCGUCAUUAUCGUCCGCUUCUGCAUCAUCGUCCUCGUCCUCCUCGUCGUCCAACGCCGGAAAGUUCGCCUCACCGAAGAACGUGUUCUUCUACGGCCGCGGUGGAGCGCAGAAUCUGAGCUGCGUGUACAGAUUCGAGGCCGAGUCCGAUCACAAGAUAGAGCUGUCCUUCGUCAGGGCAUCUUUCGGUGGCAAGAGUUGCGCGUCUUACGUGGACCCGUUGGUGAAUCGAUGGACGUGCGACCGCCGCAUGGCGGAUAUUAAAAAGUUCGGCAUGGCGGAUCUAGUUGUGGCUGAAUACCCUUGGGAAGGAGUCGAAUUGGUUCGCGAUUGUUUGUGCUCGAACGUGAGUGAGAGAAUCGUUGUGCGGACUCUGACAUCGAACGUGGUGGAGGUCAGGUUUACCAUCACGCUCAUGAACGUUACCCAGGAUUAUCGAGACUUCUUUUUCGAGGGGGAAUAUCGUUUCGUUCCGGUGGGCGCGGAAUCGAAUGAGCACGGAUGUUCAACGAGACUCGAGGAGCGACGAUUGCACGGCACCAGUGGCGAAAUUUCCCUCAGGAGUCCUUUGCCGCGGGUGAUUCCCGGUCUGGCUGCAGUGGAGGAGAUCCUAACGAACACGGAGGAUCUCACCGCGACGCAAUGCGUGAACGAGCCGUGGCUGAUCGAGCCUGAAGACGCGCGCAUUAACUUCCUGUACUUGAGAACUGCCGGCUACGGCAUUACCUUGGACAACGUCGAAGAGUGCACGACUCUGAAUAGAAUCGUUAUCUAUUCAGCCGCGAACACAAAAGAACGCAGUGUGAUCUGUCCGGAGGGUGGCGUCGAUACGGCCAGGACCGUCGACUUUUUCUCAGGUGGCUGGAAUUAUAGCGCCGUGAAUGCCAGCGUGACGAUGGCGCAGCACUCCCGCAGCUUCGUCGUGGAAUUCCUCCAGCGGGAACCAGGUUUCUACGCCGUCACGUGGAUCGCGAUCUCCAAACGCUCGCCAACCGUGUCCAAUGUGGGUGCCAACGCAUUUGCCAUACUGCCUGCGGAAGAUUGCCCGUACAAGUGUCCAGAAAUCCAGGCAUGCAUCAGUUCUGUCCUGUGGUGCGAUGGUGUGCGUCAUUGUCCCUCAGGCUUUGACGAAGAAGAAGCCAAUUGCUCGUACCGUUUCGGAGUGACGCUGCUGUACGUCGCGGUGGGCGCCGGUGUCCUCGGUAUAUUCCUAAUCCUCCUGUUGGCCACUGGUUGUCUCAAAUAUUGCCUCUACCGGCACAAAGCGCGCAAGAAGAAGAAGAACGUUGCUCUGAACGUCAAUCAUCUCCAUGUGAAUCACACUCAUCACAACAACGGCUUGACCGGCAGCCGUCUGAGUGGACGUUACAACUUAACCACACCCCAGGAAAUGUACCUGGAAAAUUACGGGAAGGAUAGUAUUUGUUGACAAUACGCCAUUGCCAAUAUCGAGACCACCGUGUGAAUAGUCAUGAUUUUUAAAUGCCUA